CAAACGACCAAGAUGGGGUGCGCGAACUCGUCGACGCUUCAGGACACGGCGCAGCUGGACAACAUUGCAACGGUUGACGCGCCGACGUCGUCGGACCGCAAGGUGAGCAUCGCGAUGCGCGAGAAGCGGGAUGCGCAGCGCCGCGGCGACAUCUUCGCCGAAAGCAUCCAGUUCGACGACGAGUACCAGCCCAGCACGGUGCCGAAACCCGAUGAGACAUCGACGCUGAUCAAGGACGCCUUGUCGCGGAAUGCGCUCAUGUCCAUCAUCAGCGCCAUGGACAUGGAUGUUAUGGCCGGCUUCAUGGUGCGCAUGCACUUCCAGAAGGACGACACGGUUAUUCGCGAAGGCGACUCGGGCGACUUCUUCUACGUGGUCGAGAGCGGCGUCUUUGACAUCUCGGUCAAGGGCGAAGUCGUCAUGACGGUGCGGUCCGGCGGCAGCUUUGGUGAGCUCGCGCUGCUGUACAACUGCCCGCGCUCGGCAACCAUUACGACUGUCGAAGCCGGUGAUCUCUGGGCGCUCGACCGUGUGACCUUCCGCUGGAUCGUCGCGCGCAACGCCGAGGACCAGCUCGACGAAUGCAAAAAGUUUCUGCGCAACGUCCCGCUGCUCCAGGAGCUCACGGACAACCAAAUGAGCCAGCUCUCCAACGUGGUGCAACUGUUGCACUUUAAAAAAGGCGAGCGCAUCAUUACCAAAGGCGAGAAGGGCAACGUCUUGUACAUCAUCAAGUCGGGCUCUGUGAUCUGCAGCGAUGCCGGUGAUGGCAACACGAUGGAAAGUGUCCGCAUUUCUGACGGCGAGUACUUUGGCGAGCGCGCUCUGAUGACGCACGAGCCGCGGGCGGCCAAUGUCACGGCCGAGACCGACGUCGUGGCUCUGGCGCUCGAUCGUCAGGCGUUUGACGAGAUCCUGGGGUCGCUUCGCGAAGUCAUUGAUCGCAACAUGAGCAUGCGCGUCAUUCAAUCGGUGCCAAUUCUCAAGUCGCUGACGCCAUCCAAGCGUGCGAUGCUCUUUGCUGCACUUACGACCGAGACCUUUGCAGACGGAGUGUCCGUCAUCAACGAAGGCGAGCCCGGCUCCAAGUUUUACAUCAUUAAGAAUGGCCACGCGAUCGUGUCCAAAACCAACGGCAACAACACGGCGGUCGAGAUCGCAAAGCUUUCGGUCGGCGACUACUUUGGCGAAAUGGCGCUACUCAACGACGAGCCGCGCAAGGCCAACGUGACCGCGGGCGGACUCCUCGAGUGUUUUGUGCUCGAGCGCGCCAAGUUUGUCGAGCUUCUUGGGCCACUGCAAGAUAUCUUGAACAAGGAGGCCGACGACCGCAAGGCUGAGCUCACGGCUCGCGACCGCGUCGAGUUUUCUGACCUCGAGAUCCUCCGCACGCUCGGCACGGGCACGUUUGGCCGCGUCAAGCUCGCGCGCCACAAGGGCACGGGGAUGGCUUAUGCGCUGAAGGUACUCCAGAAGAGCCAAGUCGUUGCGUACAAGCAGCAGCUCAACAUCCUCAACGAAAAGAACCUCCUCGCUUCCUGCAACCAUCCGUUCAUUCUCAAGCUCUACCAGACGUUCAAGGACGAGCAAUGCCUCUACUUGCUCAUGGAGUUUGUGCAAGGCGGUGAGCUGUUUGCCUACCUGCACUGCAACGAGCGACCAACGGGACGCAUUCCUAACGACCACGCUCGCUUUUACGCGUCGCACGUCGUGCUCGCGCUCGAGUACCUCCACGACCGCAUGAUCAUCUACCGUGAUCUAAAACCCGAAAACCUCCUCAUCGAUGAAGAAGGCUACAUCAAGGUGGUUGACUUUGGCUUUGCCAAGAUCUGUCAAGACCGCACGUACACGCUCUGCGGCACGCCCGAGUAUCUCGCACCCGAGCUCGUGCUCGGCAAGGGCCACAACAAGGGCGUCGACUACUGGGCGUACGGUGUGCUCAUUUACGAAAUGUGCGUUGGCGCAUCGCCCUUCUGCGGCAACAACCCGUCAGACCAAGUCCAGAUUUGCCGCAACAUUCUCAAGGAGCCGCUGCGGUUCCCGUCGUGGGUCUCGGGCGCGUGCAAAGACCUCGUGUCCAAGCUCCUCGAUCGCGAUGUCUCGAAGCGCCUCGGCUGCAACCACGGCGGCACGCAUGCGAUCCGGACGCACCCGUGGUUCCACGGCCUCGAAUGGGACAAGAUUGUCAAGAAGAAGGAGCCGGCGCCGUGGCUGCCGACACUUGCGAACCCGCUCGACGCGUCCAAGUUUGCGGUCGUUGAAGAGUGGGACGAGGUGGCAACGUACGAGAACGACGGCUCCAACUGGGACCACGACUUUUAGACGCCGCCUCGCCCUGUACAUGUAUACGUCACCUGCACUGUACGAUGAGAAAUGCUAUGAUGUAAUUAAUAUGCAUGCCCUGGUCU